UAUUCUCUCCGAUUAAACCCUUUCGAAUCCUUCGCUUCUGUCUCUCUCUCUUCCCCACGCUCGCUUCACCAACCUAUUCGACCGUUUUUCCUCCCGAUAGCGACGAGGGGAAACCCUAAUCUUUCCCGGAAUCCGCGAUUCUAUCCCUUCGCAGGCUUCAGGUGGGUGGAAGAAAGACGGAUUUAUGUCCUUCAAUCAAUCCAGGGUAGAUAGGAGUGACGGCCAGCAGCUGAGGAAGAGCGGUCGUUCCGGCAGCUCCGGCCAGCACAGAGGAUAUUCCAGCGGCGGCGGGAAGGGCGGCGGCGGUUCCGCCCCUCCUCCCCAGCUCUCUUCUUCCUCCUCUUUGCCCCCUUCUUCAUCGACCCACCCGCCCCUCUCAUCGAAUCGGAGUUUCAAGAAGUCUGGAAAUGGACAAGGGGGGUCAUCCAGGGGAAAUUCUUCGAGUUCGGGGGCGAGUGUUGCCGUUGCCUCUGCAGCUCCUGUUGCUCCACGGGCUGUGCAGAAUGGUGCCUAUGUCCAGCCGUCCUUGCUUGGACCGUCUGAUGCACCAGCACCAAGUGCUGCGAGACCUGUGGAUGCACCCAUCCCGAGAAGUUCGCGAGCCCACCCAAGUGCUCCGAUUCCUCGUUCUGCUGCAGGAGCUUCAGAUUCUGCAGCAGCCCCUGUGACUCCAGCCAAAGGUGAUGGACCGAAGACAUUUAUUCUCCAAUUUGGGUCUAUAAGUCCUGGUCUCAUGGAUGGAAUGCAGAUUCCUGCUCGGACUACGUCAGCUCCACCUAAUCUGGAUGAGCAGGCUCGCCAUGGUUCAUUCGGGAUGAUGCCGAAAGUGCCUAUACCCUCUAGAUCACAGCAUCCUCAACAACCUAAGAAGGAUAUGAGUGGUCUUAACCAAUCAAAUACAGGAGAAUCUCAACCUCCUGCUCAGGUAAAGCAGGAUGGGCACACACAAAUUUCAGGUUCCCCUGCUGUACCACUACCCAAAUCUUCUGUUCUUCCCAUGGCUGGGUUGUCUGUGCCGGUGGCCUUUCAACAUCCGCAAGUUCCCCUGCAAUUUGGUGGGCCCAGCCCUCAGAUGCAGUCACAGGGUGCUGCAGCCAGUUCACUGCAAAUGCCAAUGACUUUACCUGUUGGAAGUAUCCCCCAAGUACCACAACAGAUGUUUCUCCAUGGUCUCCAGUCUCAUCCUCUGCAGCCUCAGGCCAUAAUUCACCAGGCACAAGGCUUGGGCUUUGCACCUCAAAUGGGCCAUCAGCUGCCUCCACAGAUAGGAGGCAUGGGAAUGGGUAUUGCCACGCCCCAAUUUGUACAACAGCAGCCUGGAAAAUUAGGUGCUCCUCGUAAGACCACUGUAAAGAUAACUCACCCAGAGACGCAUGAGGAGCUGAAACUUGACAGAAGGACAGAUUCAUAUGCAGAUGGUGGUUCUGGAGGGCAAAGGCCCCUUCCUAAUGUAACGUCUCAAUCUCAACCAGUUGCAUCACUUGCUCCCCCGCAUUACUAUCCUCCAUUGCAACCUAAUGCUUAUAGCUCAUCACAGAUGUUCUUCCCUAGCUCAACUUCUCUUCCUUUGACAAGCAGCCAGUUGCAUUCUGGUUCACAGGUACCAAGAUAUAGCUAUUCAGUUGGCCAGAGUGGCCAAGGCAUUCCAUUUAUGAACACAUCUGUCCAUAAGCCCAUGGCUGGCAGCAAUUCUGGACCUUCUUUGCAUAGUCCUUCUGAACCACCAAAAGUGGAAGCUGUGCCAGUAUCUGAACCAACAGCUCCUGUACAGGGAAUGGUGAAGCCAGUUGUUGGUCUGCAUGGGAAUAAGGCUGGGACAACUUUAAUGACAGUUAGCCCACCCAUAAACAAUGCUGAAGCACCUAAGAUAUCAAAGCCUUCUGGAGAAGCCACUUCUUCCAAUCCACAAAAUGACAUUAAAAUCAGCCCAGAAAGUUCUGUUCAGCAGCCCAAAUCAUCUACUCAGCCAUUGGAAACCACACAGGCUGCAACCUCACCAGUUCUUGUUGCUCCUCAUGGAGAUUCUGGAUCUGCUGAGACAGGAACUGAUGGCAGAAGAAAAGAACCUAUUCGAAGAUCGGACUCAUUGAAGGAUCACCUGAAAAAGCCCAGUAAGAAGGAUCCCAGACAUUCGCAACACCAACAACAGGUGGAUACAUCUGAUUCUGCAGGUAGUGUGCACUUGUCUUCAUUUAGCCAGGGUGGCUCUGGAGAUGCAGCAACUUGGCAAAUAUCCAGAAAUCCUGAAGAUGCAGGUUUAGAACAGAGUAGUUCCACUGAAGCCAGAAUAUUGAAAGCUGUUGAAAGCCAAUUAGUGCCUACUGAAUCAGGAUCAGCUGGAGUUAUUUUGGGGAAGGAAAUACUACAAGACGUUUUUGGGAGAACUGAUAGUAUAACUCUAGUUAAAAAGAAAGGUUAUUCUGAGACAUCAACAUCUAGUGGUCUUGAGAUGGAUGAAACUGUACAGGAGAAUUUGUAUCCUACAUUUAGUCGGGAAAAUUCUAUCUUGUUGGAUGUUGAACCAGGACAAGAAACAGUGGCAAAGAAUAAAAAUGGUGAAACUGAAGUAUUUGGUGAUUCCUCAAGAGAGACUGGUAGUUCUAAAGUGUUUCCAGUACCUGCCACUACUGAAUGUGUCGAAGGUGGAAAGCCAGUUGAGCUGGUCGAGCAAGAUGGGGCUGGGGGAGAAAAUUCAGAAAGUUCAACCGUAUGUGAGUCUUAUGAUGCUGAAAGGCAACAGUUUGAUGCCCACAAUGAAGCAGUGGAGCCAAGCUUAGUGGUUGGGAAGACAACUGAGGAAAUAGACAUAUCUGCUAGGUCAUCUUCAGACUUCACAGAAGCUGAUGCGGUUCCUUCAUGUCAUCUUUCAUCUGUAAAUGUUGAAGAAGAAAAGCCUUCCUCUCCAGAUGCCAUCUCAAAUACAAGUAAAGCAUUACACAGCCACGAUGCUGGCUUGAGUGAACAUGAUGCCUCACAACCAGAGACAGCUGCUAUUUCAGCCCCUGUUACUUCUAAAGUGACCAUAAAACUGGAAGGAAAAGCUAUGGAGCUGUCUAGUGGGGAUCUGGUUUCUGCUUUGUCAUCUGGACCCAAGGAUAAGUCUUUUUUGGAGCCUCCCCGGGGUAAGCCUGCUUCUGGGAAAAAGAAGAAGAAGAGAGAAAUUCUUUCAAAGGCUGAAGCUGCGGGAACUUCUGAUCUUUACACUGCAUACAAGGGUCCUGAAGAAAAACAUGAAAUUACUAAUAGCUCAGAAAGUGUGGAUAGUUCUGCAGUAGCGGAUGGAAAACAUGUGACCGCUGAUACUGAUAAAGACAUUGUUGCUGUUGAGGGAGAUGAGCAGAGUAAAGUUGAAGUGGAUGAUUGGGAAGAUGCUGCCGAUAUCUCCACCCCAAAAUUGAGAAUAUCAGAGGAUGGACUGCAAGCUAGUCAAGCAAAGAAUGAUAACAGAAAUGAGACUAUGAGGAAGAAGUAUUCCAGGGAUUUUCUAUUAACCUUUUCUGAGCAAUGUGCUGAUCUUCCUGCAGGGUUUGAGAUUAGAUCUGAUAUAGCUGAUUUUUUGAUGAGUGUCUCAGUUGGCGCUUCCCGUAUUGUUGAUCGUGAAACCUACCCAAGUCCUGGAAGGAUUACAGAUAGAUCUCCAGGAGCUUCCCGGGCGGAUCGCCGUAUGGUUGGCAUUGUGGAUGAUGAUAAAUGGAUGAAAGCGUCUAGUUCUUUUGCUUCUGUACGUGAUCUUCGGCCAGAGAUGGCUCAUGGAUCAUCUAUUAUGAACUUUCGGCCAGGACAAGGAGUUAACCAAGGAGUUUUGAGACAUCCACGUGGGCAGUCAUCUAGUCAGUUUGCUGGAGGGAUUCCCUCCGGGCCAAUGCAGUCACUGGCAACUCAGGGAGGAAUACAACGAAAUGGUGCUGAUGCAGACAGGUGGCAGCGUUCUGGCACUCAAAGAGGGUUAAUUCCUUCUCCUCAAACGCCUGCACAAGUAAUGCACAAAGCUCCGAAUAGAUAUUUAGUGGGUAAGGUGAAUGACGAAGAAGAGGCAAAGCAAAGGCAAUUGAAAGGCAUACUGAACAAGCUGACGCCUCAGAAUUUUGAGAAGCUAUUUCAGCAAGUCCAAGAGGUUAAUAUUGACAAUACUGUUACUCUUACUGGUGUUAUCGAUCAGAUUUUUGACAAAGCUUUGAUGGAGCCAACUUUUUGUGAGAUGUAUGCUGAUUUCUGUUAUCAUCUUGCUCGUGAAUUACCUGAUUUCACAGAGGGCAAUGAAAAGAUUACCUUUAAAAGGUUGCUCUUAAACAAGUGCCAAGAGGAAUUUGAAAGAGGUGAGAGAGAGCAAGCUGAGGCUAAUAAACCUGAAGAGGAAGGUGAGACUGAAAAAUCUGAACAGGAAAAGGAGGAGAAAAAGAUCAAGGCACGGAGGCGUAUGCUGGGAAAUAUCCGGUUAAUUGGGGAAUUGUACAAGAAAAGAAUGUUGACUGAGAGAAUUAUGCAUGAAUGCAUCAAGAAAUUGCUUGGGCAGUAUCAGAAUCCUGAUGAGGAAGAUAUUGAAGCUUUGUGCAAGUUGAUGAGUACAAUUGGUGAGAUGAUAGACCACCCCAAGGCCAAGGAACAUAUGGACGCAUAUUUUGACAUGAUGGCAAAACUAUCAAUAAAUCAGAAGCUAUCAUCUCGGGUUAGGUUCAUGCUGAAGGAUGCAAUUGAUCUGAGGAAGAAUAAAUGGCAACAAAGAAGGAAAGUUGAAGGCCCAAAGAAAAUUGAGGAGGUGCAUAGAGAUGCAGCUCAGGAGCGUCACGCUCAAGCAAGCAGAUCAACUCGUGGUUCUGGUAUUUCCGUCUCAAGAAGAGGACCACCUGUUGAUUAUGGUCCAAGGGGGUCCACUAUAUUACCUUCUCCAAGCUCCCAGAUUGGUAGUGUACGCAAUUUACCUCCUCAGGUCCGUGGAUAUGGAACUCAAGAUGUUCGAUCAGAGGAUAGACAUCCAUUUGAAAGUAGAACAUUGUCAGUUCCCCUUCCUCAAAGACUUACUGAUGAUGAUUCAAUUACCCUUGGCCCACAAGGUGGUCUCGCUAGGGGCAUGUCUGUUCGAGCACAGUCUUUGAUGCCAGGUGCUCCCAUGGCUGAUAUUUCUUCAAAUGUUGGUGAUAGUCGCAGAAUGCCAUCAGGUCCAAAUGGCUGCAGCCCAGCACCUGAUCGGACACCUUAUAACUUAAAAGAAGAAAUGGUGCCAAAAUAUAUGCCAGAUAGGUUCUCUGGAGCAAGCCAUGAUCAACUGAAUCCUCAAGAUCGUAAUACUUAUUUAGGAAGCAGGGACAAGAUUGCCGAUCGUUCUUUUGAACGAUCUGCGGCAUCUACCAUUUCUGCUGGUCAUGCGCAGGGAUCUUUAAGUGGCAGUGCGGUUGCAUCUUCUGAAGCAAAACCAUUGUCUGAAGAGGUUUUUCUAGAAAAGUCAUUAUCAGCAAUAAGGGAAUUCUAUAGUGCCAGGGACGAGGGAGAGGUAUCUUUGUGCAUCAAAGAACUGAAUUGUCCAAACUUUUAUCCAGCUAUGAUAUCACUCUGGGUGACCGACUCCUUUGAGCGGAAAGACAUGGAGAGGGAUCUCUUGGCUAGACUUCUCGUCAACCUUUGCAAGUCUCGAGAUAGCCUGUUAAGUCAAGUACAGCUCAUCCAGGGGUUUGUCUCUGUUCUCACCUUGCUGGAGGAUGCUGUAAAUGAUGCUCCCAGAGCAGCAGAGUUUCUCGGCCGCAUCUUUGCAAGAGUUAUAUUGGAAAAUGUGGUUCCACUCAGAGAUAUAGGAAAAUUAAUCCAUGAAGGUGGAGAGGAGCCCGGACGCUUAUUGGGGAUCGGGCUUGCAGCUGAGGUCCUUGGCAGCAUCCUGGAAGUAAUCAAAAUGGAGAAAGGGGAUGCUGUUUUGAAUGAAAUAUGUCUGAGCUCCAAUCUUCGUUUGGAGGAUUUCAGACCACCGCAUCCGAUCAAGGCAAAGAAACUGGAUGCAUUUCUUUAGAUGAAGAUGCUCUAUAUUUGGUUAGAUUAUCUUGUUAGGUCUUAUGGGGUACUUCUGCGGAAAUGCUUGUCCUUUAAGGUUUUUUAUUAUCUAUUAUUUUUUAUUUUCUAAUAUUCCAAUGCCUUCAUAGAACAUGUUUGUUGGUGGAAAUAGAGCAUUAUUAGAGCAGCUUGUUAGAAAGCAUCAACCAGCAAUUGUCUAUCAACUUUGUCCUGUGUUUUGUCUCAGCAACAUGAGUGAGUUUAUAUAUGUGUA